UAGCGCCGCGGCUGAAAUGUGAGGGGUCACAAUGCCGGAUAAAUAGACUGAUCCGACGAGCAGGGGUUGUCGCGGACUUAAACCGGAACCUCUCUUACUCUCUUCUCUUCCCCCGCGGAUCUCCACAAACACUGAGUCACCAUGCCUCACUCAUUUCCUUUCCUCACUCCUGAGCAGAAGAAGGAGCUCUCUGACAUUGCUCACAAGAUUGUUGCUCCUGGAAAGGGCAUCCUCGCUGCUGACGAGUCUACAGGCAGCGUUGCUAAGCGCUUCCAGAGCAUCAACACAGAGAACACUGAGGAGAACAGGAGACUGUACCGUCAGCUCCUCUUCACCGCUGACAAGGAGGUUGAUAACUGCAUCGGCGGCGUCAUCCUCUUCCACGAGACCCUCUACCAGAAGGCCGACAGCGGCAAGACCUUCGCCCAGGUCAUCAAGGAAAGGGGCUGGGUCGUGGGCAUCAAGGUUGACAAAGGUGUGGUUCCUCUGGCCGGAACCAAUGGAGAGACCACCACCCAGGGUCUGGACGGACUGUACGAGCGUAUGGCUCAGUACAAGAAGGACGGCUGUGACUUUGCCAAGUGGCGCUGCGUGCUGAAGAUCACCCCCACCACCCCCUCUUCCCUCGCCAUCAAGGAGAACGCCAACGUGCUCGCCCGCUACGCCAGCAUCUGCCAGAUGCAUGGUAUCGUGCCCAUUGUUGAGCCAGAGAUCCUGCCUGACGGUGACCAUGAUCUGAAGAAGACCCAGUACGUCACAGAGAAGGUCCUGGCAGCCAUGUAUAAGGCUCUGUCCGACCAUCACGUGUACCUGGAGGGCACUCUGCUCAAGCCCAACAUGGUCACCGCUGGACACUCCUGCUCCCACAAGUAUACCAACCAGGAGAUCGCCAUGUCAACAGUCACAGCCCUCCGCCGCACUGUUCCCCCCGCAGUCCCAGGCAUCACCUUCCUGUCCGGCGGUCAGAGUGAGGAGGAGGCUUCCAUCAACCUGAACGCCAUGAACAUGUGUCCCCUGAAGAGGCCGUGGGCCAUCACCUUCUCCUACGGCCGCGCCCUGCAGGCCUCAGCCCUUAAGGCCUGGAGUGGAAAGAAGGAGAACAGCAAGGCCUGCCAGGAUGAGUUCAUCAAGAGAGCCCAUGCCAACAGCAAGGCUUCCACUGGCAAGUACGUGUCCGCGGGUGCGGGUGCUGCCACUGACGAGUCUCUGUUUGUGGCCAACCAUGCUUACUAAAGCGUGCCCCCCUCACCCCAUCCCCUGCAACAAAGACCGCACGCCAGAGGGUUCCAGAUGUGUGUGAAAGAAUCGUCGUCCCCUAUGUGGCAAGUCACGGCCCUCUUGCCUUGCCAGGAGAGCGAGAGAGAACAGCAGAAGACUUUCCUUCGGAAGCGUCUUUCUCUGAGAAGAUUUCGCUUACAUCUGCCUCCAUUCCCAGCACCAGGAGCUCCUAAGCACUUGAUGCCCAGAGUUUUCCUUCCUUCCUCAACUUUCCUUCCUUUUUGUUUUUACAGGAGUGUACUUCUUCUGUGGUCUGUGAACACAUUAAAGUACUUUUCUUCCACUGUA